CGGCCCUUAACAGCGGCGCGGUCCCGGGACGCCGCAUGUGAGCCGGGAGGGCAGCGCCGCCCCGCACCGCCCCGCACCGCCCCCGCGCACCGGCACCGCACCGGCACCCCGCUCCCGACCCGGCCCGGCCCCGCGGAGCUCCGGAGCAGCCGGCACCACCCCCGUCCGCCCCCUACACCGGCACCCCACCAUGAGCAACCUCAACAAGGACACCGAGCACACCAACGGCAGCGGCAACGUCGAGGAGGAGGUACGGACGCUGUUUGUCAGUGGCCUUCCUGUGGAUAUCAAGCCCAGAGAGCUCUACCUACUCUUCCGACCAUUCAAGGGUUAUGAAGGGUCACUGAUCAAGCUAACUUCAAAGCAGCCAGUUGGUUUUGUGACCUUUGACAGCCGGGCUGGUGCUGAAGCAGCAAAGAACGCCUUGAAUGGCAUACGCUUCGACCCAGAGAACCCCCAGACCUUGCGGUUAGAGUUUGCUAAAGCCAACACAAAGAUGGCCAAGAGCAAGCUGAUGGCCACGCCAAACCCCACCAAUAUCCACCCUGCCUUGGGCGCACACUUCAUUGCACGGGACCCCUAUGACCUGACUGGAGCGGCUCUUAUUCCAGCGUCCCCAGAAGCGUGGGCUCCCUACCCACUGUACACCACAGAGCUAACCCCUGCCAUCCCCCAUGCCGCCUUCACGUACCCGGCGGCCGCUGCUGCGGCCGCUGCUCUUCACGCUCAGAUGCGCUGGUAUCCUCCCUCCGAAGCUACCCAGCAAGGAUGGAAGUCUCGUCAGUUUUGUUAGUUCGUUACGUCUCUCCUCGGCUUGUGUUCCUCCUCCCUGCCUCUCCGCGGAGGGAUGUGCCAGGGACGAUCGCUCAGACUCCUCUCGGUUUGGUUUGCAGCCAGCGGACAAGGCGCCCGGCCCCUGUGCGCUCUCCCCCCCCGGGGCUGCCAGCAUCCCCUCUCCCCGGACUGUGAAGCCGCUGCGGCCCCCAGCCGUGCGCUGCCUCCAUCCAUCCCUCCAUCCCUCCCUCCAUCCCCAGGACAUCCUCCCUGACUGAGCUUCGCCGUCCGGCUGUGCCGAAACCCAGCCGGGGGGGCUCAGUCCUGGGUUUCCCCGGGCUUGCCCUGCCCCGGCGGCUCGGCUGAAGGAAACGAAAGGCAAUGGGUUUUGCAUGUUUUCUGGCAUGAAUUAAAACACUUAACUUGUGUAUGUGUGAGUGUAAGUUUGUUUGUUCUAGCGUUUGUGUAACCGUUAGCAACAGGUCUUGGCCCAACGGAUUGAUCCAUCAAGGUUUUCAUCUUGCUUCGGUGAAGACUUGGCUUUGAGAAAUACUAACUGUCCUUGUCUCACCCCUUCUCCCACCUCCGCCCUCCCCUCCCCAGUACGACCAGAAAAAUUUGAAAAAUGUUUCUUUUUUUUUUUUUCCAAGUACGAUGCACUGGGUUUCUGUUUUCAUCCAUUCUUCUCUGGUUUUAAAGUCAGGGUUAUUAUAUUAUUUUUUUCUUCUUCUUCAGACUUCUAUAUAUAGAAUGGCUGUAAAAUAUCUAACCUCUUUUUUUUUUUCCACAUCCUUCUGAUUGGAGAGCAUCCAGUCCUGCCAAAUAAUCAGCCAUCCUUAUGGGAAUACCGAACAAAAAAAAAAAGUACGAGUAUUUUUGUACCAUGUGUAAUAAGGAAAUAUUUAUGCAUCAUAAAGAAUUUCUUGUGUGUUUGUGUGCAAUUAAUUAUUAUUAUUAUUAAAGAGAAAUUGUAAUCCUGUAAGAUAAGUUAAUGUUUAGUUAAAAGCUUGAACGAGAAGGGUUGUCUUCUGUAACAAUGAUUCAGUCAGGCAUAGUAAACGAGAAAUUGUGCAAUUUUUGUUUUAGCAUCUUAUUGCUUGGUAUUGAAGUGCUUUAAGUAUUAUACGACCAUGGCUGUCUCGCUUGUAUUAAAGAUUUGAGAAUAAGUUGCUAUAUAAUUGCUGAUCCUAUGAGAAUGUGAAACUGGAUAAUAUAUGAAAUGCAACCAAAAAAAAAAAAAAUAUACCCAGAGGCUGCUGUGACUCUU